GGGCGGGCUUUGGGCUUAGAUGUGUUUCCGGGGUCUUUCACACAUGCACAUGUGAUAGACGCAGUUUUUCUUUACCACUUUCCGUCCUCUGUUGAACAUCAACACAAACAGCGUCAAGCUGGGCUCCUAAGACGUAUCUGGGACUGACUGUUCGGUGGAAGAUAAGAAGAGUUUUCCAGAUUCACAAACAUUCCCUGCUCCACCUUUGCAAACACUCGACUUUGAUGGCUGAGUCAGAAUCUGUGUCUAACGCCACCCCGGUCGGAGAGAAGAGAACCUGUCUGCAGGACGGGGACGAAGAGACGCCAGCGAAAAAGCCAAAAGUCGACGGUGAAAACGGGAACGCUCCCAACACAGAUGGCGGCGGUGGUGGUGAGGAAGAGGAGGAGGAGGAGGAGCAGGAAGGACAGGCAAGUGACGGAGAGGAGGACGGCGAGAGCUUUGCUGACAUGAUGAAGCACGGCCUGACUGAGAUGGACGUCGGCAUCCUGAAGUACGUCAGUGACCACGAAGGGUUCUCUGGAAUCCUGAAGGAAAGGUAUUCUGAUUUUGUUGUGCAUGAAAUCAACAAACAAGGAAAGAUAGUGCAUUUAGAUGAUCUCUCCAUCCCACCAGACAGCGAGGAAGGAGCAGAAACCGAGCAACAACCGAAUGAUUGCGACGUGCUGACGGAGGAGCAGAAAAAGCAGCUCGGCGAGCUGCAGCUCUUCAAGAAUAAAGAAGGAAACGUCUCCAUCGAGGUGAAAGACGAUACGAAGGAGAAAAGAACGCUCGUCCACAAAGCCAUCAAGACUCAGUUUCCUGGUCUGGAAACAAAGACCGAAGAGAAAGAAGGCCACAAGUUCAUAGUGGCCUACCAUGCUGCAGGGAAGAAGGCUUUAGCAGAAGUCAAAACAGCUGCAGCUCCAAGGAAGCACUUUUGGCCCAAAAACCGUGGCAGCUAUUGCCACUUUGCUCUUUACAAGGAGAACAAAGACACCAUGGACGCAAUCAAUGUGCUGUCAAAAUUCCUCAGGCUUAGACCCAACAUGUUCUCCUACAUGGGCACCAAGGACAAGAGGGCCAUCACAGUUCAGGAAAUUGCAGUUCUCAAGAUCACCGCAGAGAGGUUGGCUCACCUCAACAAGUGCCUCAUGAACCUGAAGCUCGGCAACUUCUGCUACAAAAACCAUCCUCUGAAGCUCGGGGAGCUGCAGGGAAACCACUUCACUGUGGUCAUCAGGAACAUCUCAGGAACGGACGAGCAGGUCCAUCAGGCCAUGGGGUCCCUCAAGCAGACCGGCUUCAUCAACUACUACGGGAUGCAGCGCUUCGGCACCACCGCCGUGCCCACGCAGCAAGUAGGCAGGGCCAUCCUGAGAAACGACUGGAACCAAGUGGUGGAUUUGAUUCUCAAACCUCGACCUGGAGCAGAGAAAGAAUAUCUGGUUCGCUGCAGGGAGGAGUGGGCGAAGACGCAGGACCCAGAGGCUGCGCUGAAGAAGCUGCCAAACAAGCGCUGCGUGGAGGGACAGCUGCUCCGAGGCCUGUCCAUGUACGGCAAGAAAAACAUCGUCACCGCCUUCGGACUGAUUCCCCGGAACAACCGGCUGAUGUACGUUCACAGCUACCAGAGCGUGGUGUGGAACACCAUGGUGAGUCGCAGGAUCGAAGCCUUCGGCCUGAAGGCGGUGGAGGGCGAUCUGGUUCUCAGAGGAACCACAGCACACGUCCUGACUGCAGAGGAGGCCGAGAGCCACUCCAUCCAUGACAUCGUGAUGCCACUUCCUGGGUAUGAUGUCAUCUACCCCUCCCACCACAUCGGUGAGGGAUACAGGGAGCUGCUCUCUGCUGACGGCCUGGACCUGGACAACAUGAGGCACAAAGUGAAGGACUACUCCCUGGCCGGAGCCUACAGACGCGUCAUCAUCAGACCCACUGACGUCAGCUGGGAGGUGAUUCACUAUGACGACCCGCGGAUCUCUCUGGUGCACAGCGAUUUUGAGAAACUGGAGAAUAAACCUGCUCCUGUCUUCAACAAAGACGGGAAGUACCGGGCUCUGCGGAUGGAGUUCUCCCUGCCUCCCUCGACUUAUGCUACCAUGGCGAUCAGGGAGGUCCUCAAGUUGGACACCAGCAUUAAGAAACAGACGCAGCUCAACACCGUUUGGUUUAACUGAGAUCAGACGACUCGUUGGCCUCGAACUGGACUGCUGCAGGCACAAAUCUACGUAACGAGUUAUUUUAGAGUUCAAUGUGCAGAGAGAGUAUCUGAAAGAGCAACAACUCUGUUCUCUACGAACAUGUUUGUUGUCUGUGGUGUGUGCAAGGAUGAAGAGCUAAACAACAAUAUUCAAUUUUAUGAUUUUACUGUAUAUUUUCAGUGAUGAUAUAAGUAAGAGCUUCACAUUCUGGAUGCUUAUCACUCUGAUGCUGGUUUGUACAGAAAAGUUUUUUUGUUUUUUUACUUCUGGCUCUAAAUAGGAGUAAAGUUAAAGUGACUAACA